AGGUUGCAUUUCAAAAAAGAAACGUAAGGUUUUCAUUCCUGCCCCCUCCCCCUUCUUCCCCCUUUCUCCCCCUGAAUUCAUGCCUUUUACCACUGGUCGGUGGCCCCACAAGACAAACCUUCGAAGGCAAUAACAGGAUGACCUUUUCCGUAUCUGCUCUAUCCAUCCCUAAGUGCAGAUCAGAUUUACCGAUAAAAGCCACUCCCCCUCAUAAAAGCUUUACCGAGCUCCUUAGAUUAAGGCAUAUCGUUCAAAGUAUUCUUUGAACAUAAAACGUAAAGAGUAUACUGAGAUAGAAAAAUGUACUUUGAAAACUCAGGUGAAUAGACCGGGCCCAGAUGAAUUAUCUAGCCAAGAUAAAUAUCGCUGGUGGAGAAAAGGGAAGGCAUAAAAAUCGAUCGAGCUGGAGAAAUCUGUUAUAAUAAACUAAAACUAAUUAGAGUUCAUCCCUGUGUUUAAAAAUAAUCUACAACGUCUCAAGAAUGAGACAAAAGUAGAAAAGUCGAAGCUGUGAAAAUUACAUAAAGAGCGAAGCAGCGAACCUGCCAAGAAGGAAAGCUUUUGCAAGACGCCAUUUCCAGAUCGAUCCAACAACUUUUAGCAUGGUUUUCUGGGUCAGGGUGAACAGUGGAAGACUCUCAGUUCGUUCAGUAUAUCGUGGGGAAAUAUCUCAAGGAAAAUUCCGUGGGUGUAAAAUCCAUCUUAACCCGUUCGCUCGUAACCUCUUCCACACAGAGAAGCGGGCGACUAUCUGUCUAACAGUUGAUAUCAGCCGAGUUCAGUUUGUGCGUAAUUUACGCAUGCGAUUCGCUAGUCUCGAGGAUCGAUAGACUUGCGCGUGGUAGUCGGGUUUUAUCGCGCGGCUCCACGGCCUGCACGCUUGCCGGAUUACAUUAGGUUUUUUGGUGUUCUUGGAAUUGUCCCUAAUUAAGAUUGAUAAAACUAUCAGAUACUUUGUACGAGUGUUUUAUAGUAGUUAAAAGUGAUAAAUUAGGUACCAUAUAUACAUCGAAGAUCCGAUCGAUCUUUAUUAAUUGAUCGUGCUUCUUCUUGAAUAUGACGGAGAUCAUGAGGAGCCGUGCGCGUCGCUUGACGCGCCGAGAGAAGUGGCCGCUUCACGUGGGAUUAUUUUUACUUUACAUUCUGGUGCAGCUGGUUACUUCCGUCUCCAUCACAUCGACGAUCAGUAAUGAACCGUCCACUAUGACGAUACUGGAAACCAGUACGAUUCCGGACCCAUCGUCUACGAGCGCACCUAAAACUGAAUUAGCAAAUAAAAACGUGGUUUCUGAUAAGAAGAAGGAUUUGGAAAAUCCUGCACUGAAAUUACCAGAUGAAACGUCCGCGUCGAAUACGAAAGGAAAGGAAAACGAGAGGAAUGGAAAUGAUGAGAAACAAAUAGCGAAUCCAGUUAAAAAUAGUCCGAAACUUAGCAACGAAAUUAUUCCUAGUACCACUAGCACUCCCUUUCACACGACGACUCUUACGCAUCACGCGCGAGCUACCUUGAGACCAAUGCGUGAAAAUUGUACACCACCUGCUAUAGAGCAAUUCCCACGACCCCUCAUGGGACCCACUGCAAGAAAAAAUGGUGGCUUGAUCAUUCAUAUCCUUGUAGCCAUCUACACCUUCUUAGGUUUGGCUAUAGUCUGUGAUGACUAUUUUAUUUCGAGUCUGGAUAGAAUUUGCGAGGAAUUGAGAUUAUCUCCCGACGUAGCUGGAGCUACUUUCAUGGCCGCUGGAUCUUCUGCGCCUGAAUUAGCAACUGUCGUAAUCGGUGUAUUCUUUGCCCAGGACGAUAUUGGCGUUAGUGGAGUGAUUGGUAGUGCGGUCUUUAAUAUUAUGUUCGUGAUCUCGGUCUGCGGUCUCUGCUCAGGAACAGUAUCUAAACUGAACUGGUGGCCUCUGUGUCGAGAUUGUUUCUUUUACGCCAUCUCCAUUCUGAUUAUGCUGGGAACAAUCUACAACAAGACCAUAUCUUGGCCAGAGGCUCUUUUCAUGCUGAUAAUGUACGCUGUAUAUUGCGUGGUCUUAUCGUUUAACGAGAGACUUGAACGCUGGGCAAAAUCUUUGAAUAUUUCAUUUUUACCCAAGGAUGAUGAUCCUGCCGAAGAGAGUGCUCUCGUUAGUUAUAGAUCAUUACAGGAAGACAGACUCUCCUACACAGGACCAAACUCUCCACUGACCGAUCAAGUAAAGAGUCAAGAAGGUAAUGGAUUCCAAGAACCUCCUAGUGAGCGACCAGUAAAACAGCCACAAUAUUACAAAGCUAAGGAACCUGAUCCAAAUGAAGUUUCGCCACUGGUGAUGCCUGUGGAUGCUGGGAGGUGGGCAAAGUUUUCCUGGGGUCUUGUUUAUCCUAUACAUUACAUGUGUCGAGCUACGAUGCCAGAUUGCAGACAGGAAAAGUGGAAGAGAUGGUAUCCCUUCACCUUCUGCGUUUCUAUGGUCUGGAUUAGUUUUUACAGCUACUUUAUGGUCUGGAUGAUUACUAUAAUAGGAAGUACUCUUGGCAUACCCGACACGGUUAUGGGUCUGACAUUCGUAGCUGCUGGAGUCAGUGUUCCGGAUGCCUUGUCGUCAUUGGCAGUCAUCAAAGAGGGGCUAGGUGACAUGGCUGUGAGCAACGCUGUCGGAAGUAAUGUCUUCGACAUUUUGGUCUGUCUGGGCCUACCGUGGUUUAUACAAACUGCGAUGAUUAUGCCAGGAUCACAUGUCAAUGUUAACAGCAAAGGUCUCAUUUACUCAACUAUAUCCUUAUUAUCAACCGUGAUAUUCUUGUUGCUGGCGACGCAUUUCAACGGGUGGAAACUGGACCGCAGAUAUGGAGUCAUCCUUAUGAUUUGGUACCUCGUUUUUAUCGCGUUCGCUAUUUUCUACGAGAUGUACGUCUUCGGUAAGAUGAAUACACCAUGUCCGAGUCCGUUUUAAGAGACGAUUCACAUCAUUCUCGAUCUUGAUUCUGAUCCUGAUCUUGAACCUCAGGGAGAGAACCUUGAGAUCCAAUGUUCAUUUGAGAUCCUCACUAAGUUUUGGUAUGAUAGCGCUUGUACGUAUGGUAUGCUUCCAUAUAAUUUUUAUUCCCCUAUUGAAUACAUCAACUGUCAUAAGAGUAAAGAACCAAACAGCAAGAGAAAAGAAAUGAGAGUUUUCACAUUGGAAUUGACAUUCAUUAUAAAAAACAAAAUAAUCUGCGUUAAAAACCGAGUAAUAGGAAUUGAGAGAAGCAAGGAAAGAAGGAUAGAAAUGCAAACUAACUUCAACGUGGAAUUCCGCGUCUCCUAAGAUGAGUCUGAACGGGAUUCCGCAAGAUUAUCGAGAUCACAGACACGUGAGGCGAAAUUAAUAUAGUGAUUAUAACGACCAGAGCCGACGUCAUGUUUUGUUUAGAUGUAUCAAAGCGCCACGGAAGGAUUAGCGUAAUCUAGGUCUUAAGUCGCUAAGAAAUGAUAAUACUCGAAGAGACAAUAUGAAUAACAGUAUUAUUAUGUACGUCAUACGUUGUUAUAUUUAAUACGCAAUUUAACGAAACGGUCCUAUAAGCCGGCUAACAUUCAGCAGGCAUAUUUCCUUUGUUAGUUGGCUAAAUAGGUGUGCAUACGAGGAACAGAGAGGUCAAGCAGGGAAAGAGAAAACGGAAUAUGUAUAGUUAGAUUGAAAAAGAUAGAGGAUUAAUAAGGAAUGAGCUCAGAAUGAAGAGAUCAGAUCACAUAGCGGAGAUAGGUAAUGACGAAUAGUCAAUAAUCUAUAGAAGAUGCACAUAUCCAAGUUACGCAGGAGUCACAUAGAGGUUUGACCCUUACUGGUCCAUUGAUAGAUGCAAUGGGCCAGUAAGGCCCAAUCACUGGCAGACUCUAAUGCGUUUCUUGGAUACGUUGUCACAAAAGAAACAUCGAAGGGCAUAGCCCUAAAUAGUUUGGCGUUCCAUAUAUGAUUCACAUGUUUCGCACAUACGAGAACGACGAUAUUAAACAACGUUAAGGAAUAGUUGAUCUUAAUAAUAAAUACGAAGUAGCUCAGUGCCGUUUAUAUAUUUAUAACGAUCAUUAGCCGUUCACAUGAAAAGAAGGGGCGUAUCGGUGGGUAGCCAUUACUGUCUUUUACUUCAUUCUUUUCCCAUGGUUAUCUUUUAUCUCAGUUCCUUCGUAUUUUAUCGUUCUCUUCUCAUUGCUUCUAAUCUAUUGUGAUUAAUUUAUGUAUACAUAUACACAUAUUUUAAUCUUCUUUCUAUAUCUCACUAUUACGUCCGAAUUCAAAUCACAAAUAUAUGUCCAUAUUGUAUACGUAAUCACGUAUGAGUGUGAUAUCUGCAUGUAACAAAAAAAAGUAAUUGCAAUGAAACUGAAGGAGGGUGUUUAGGAAUUUAGAGCGCGUGGACGCGAAUAAAAAGAGAUAAUGGACAGAGGGAAAAAGCUAAGAACUGACUAAA